GAUUGGAUCGGAGGAGGUUGUCAUCACGUCAAUAUGUAAUUAUUGAAUACGCUAGAAUACUGACAGAUAUUUUUUAUUGGAAAUAAUGAACCGGCACCAAGUUUUAACGGGUGCCUGUAACCUGGGCGACCAUUGCUACGCUGUAGGAAGUGUCGAGGGAAUCCAUUUUACGGCCUAUGCUGCAGGAUGUAAUAUUGUGAUAUUAGCCAGUAAUUUUGAACGUGUUCAGAUUAUACCAGGUGUUACUCAUGGUAAUAUUAAAGUCAGUUGUAUUGAUUGUUCUUCGGAUACAGGAAAGAUUGCUGCUAGCUAUGGAAGAAAAGUUCAUAUAUUUGAACCCACUCCUCUUAUACAUGAAACCAGUCAUAAACUGGACUAUUGUUGGUAUAGAACAGCCACCAUAGAAGUUGAUUGUGUCAUCAAUGCUAUAACAUGGAAUAUGGAAGGUUCGAAGUUAUUGACAGGAGGGGAGAAUAUUUCUAUAUGGCAGUUCGAGAUGGCUGAUAAUACCGAUGACGAUGUUGAACCAAACAAUAGAAAAGUUCAGUUUAGUUUAGGAACCGAAGACGAUGAUCCGAUUGUUCAACAGUUAUCUCAUGUUGUCCAUGGCAACACUAAAGAUUUGUUUUAUCAUGGACCUGGAUCGUGGCAAUGCGUCUGGAAAUGCAAACCAGCUACAACAGUUUAUCAUGUCAAGUUUUCACCCGAUGGAUUUUUGUUUGCCACCGCAGGAAAGGCUGAUAGGCUGGUCAAGAUAUGGUAUGAGGAUAGAAAAGUGACCCCACAGUUGAUCCGAUCAGAUAGUAUCAGUCCUAAGAAAGAAGAAUUACAUUAUUCGUUUGUUUAUAUUGCUCAUCCACGAGCUGUGACGGGAUUCUCAUGGAGAAAAACCAGUAAAUAUAUGCCAAGGGGUUCUGUAGCGAACAUGUUGGUGACAUCAUGUUUAGAUAAUGUUUGUCGAGUUUGGUGUGAGACUAUUCUACCUGAUGAUGGCCUUUUAGAUCUAGAACAGUUUGAUCCCAGUACAUCGUUAGAUUCUAAGUUUACCACCAGUCGACAUAAAAAAAGGUUUAUACAGAGGUUAAAAACAAUCAGACAUGCUAUACAUAAACGGAGAAAACAGCCCAAAUAUAACCGUGAAACUGUGAUGAGUGUGGGUAAUUUAUCAAGUAUGGGAAGUGUUCACGAUUUUCACAAGUUUGCUAUUCAUCAUAACGGAGUUUCUCCCGUUUUACAUUUUCAUCUAGCUGGCAGUAUUAAUCCUGAAACAGACAUUCCUCUACAACUCUUAAUCAAUUCCGAUGGUUUAUAA